AUGGCGCGCUGCGAGCGGCUGCGCGGCGCGGCCCUGCGCGACGUGCUGGGCCGGACGCAGGGGGUCCUGUUCGACUGCGACGGGGUGCUCUGGAACGGCGAGCGCGCCGUGCCGGGCGCCCCGGAGCUGCUGGAGCGGCUGGCGCGGGCCGGCAAGGCGGCGCUGUUCGUGAGCAACAACAGCCGGCGCGCGCGGCCCGAGCUGGCUCUCCGCUUCGCGCGCCUCGGCUUCGGGGGCCUGCGCGCCGAGCAGGUCUUCAGCUCCGCGCUGUGCGCCGCGCGCCUGCUGCGCCAGCGCCUGCUCCGGCCGCCGGCCGCGCCGGGCGCCGUGUUCGUGCUGGGCGGCGAGGGGCUGCGCGCCGAGCUGCGCGCCGCGGGGCUGCGCCUGGCGGGGGACCCCGGCGAGGACCCGGGCGCGGCCCCGCGCGUGCGCGCCGUGCUCGUGGGCUACGACGAGCACUUCUCCUUCGCCAAGCUGAGCGAGGCGUGCGCGCACCUGCGCGACCCCGACUGCCUGCUCGUGGCCACCGACCGCGACCCGUGGCACCCGCUCAGCGACGGCAGCCGGACCCCCGGCACCGGGAGCCUGGCUGCUGCAGUGGAGACAGCCUCGGGCCGCCAGGCCCUGGUGGUGGGCAAGCCCAGCCCUUACAUGUUCGAGUGUAUCACCGAGCACUUCAGCGUGGACCCUGCCCGCACGCUCAUGGUGGGCGACCGCCUGGAGACCGACAUCCUCUUCGGCCACCGCUGUGGCAUGACCACGCUGCUCACGCUCACGGGUGUCUCCCGCCUGGAGGAGGCCCAGGCCUACCUGGCGUCUGGCCAGCACGACCUCGUGCCCCAUUACUAUGUGGAGAGCAUCGCGGACUUGAUGGAAGGGUUGGAGGACUGAGCCCACCUGACCGGCACUGCAGCCCCACCCCUCCCCACCCCUGAUCCCAUAGAUGGAGGCGAUGGGCCAAGAGCGGCCAGCUCCCUGGGCCCAUUUUCUGCAGCCUGGUGGGGUUGGGACCCACAGAAGGUUUUAGGGCCCUCACAUUCCCUCCCAGUGGUGGCUGGGCACUCUGCUCUUCCAGAAGCUGUCCCCUUCCCCUACCAGUUCACCCUGGCCUGAUCCAGCCCAGGUGGCCUUAUUUCCUGCCCUGUGACCUCCCUGAAGUCUGGGCUUUGCUGCCACACUGAAGAUUUCCCCCAACCCUGAACACUUAAUCUCUUACCCAAUCCCUGGGGGGCGGGGGGUCUCUAGAGUUAUACUUGCUCCUGGAGCCCUGGCCUUGGGCUCCCGUUGGCCAAUCAGAGGCCUAGGUAACCACCAACCCUGGAUGGACCAAUCAGAAGGCUAAGUGAGAGUUGACUCAUUGAUGGGUCUGUCCGAAAGGGUCUCACUGGGAACCUAAAGUGAUAACGACCCUUUGAGGUUCUGGAGCCAAAGUGGGCCAAUCAGAAGGCUAUGUGAAAAUGACACUUUCAUGUCCUGGGUCCUGAGGAGACCUAAUCAGGACACCAGGUAAUAAGGACUCAUUGGACUCUUAGAUCCUAAAAAGAACAAUCCAGAAGCCUGAGAGACGGUGGCCUCUGGACAGUCUGGAUCUGACCAGAGCAGCUAGGGGUCCUGAUGCCUGUCAAUAAGUAAGGGUUCAAGUGCUGAAGACACCCCUCCUCCAUAAAGAUUGUGAUCUAGGGGGGCCACGCGGUGGCUCUGGGGGCUUCUGUAGUUGAGAACCCCACCCUUCCCUGAUCGUGGUACCCGGCCAGUGUUAAUGGUGGCCGCAGCUCGGGAGGGCGGGGCUUUGUGUCCCUCCCUGUGCUGUCAAGUGAUUGCUGUGCCACCUGUCCCCCAUGCCCACCCCAGCUAUUUAUUUAUUUAUUUGUUUCUUAUGGUGUGCCAGUGAUGGUGGGGGCGGGGGCUGGGCCUUCCCACCACCUCCACCUCUGUUGUAAUCAGUCCUCCCGUGCUUAAUAAAGUGCGAGUGGAGUGUGUC